UAUAUAUUCAUGGGCAUAUUUAGGAGUAUGACCGUACUCGGAGCUUGUGCAUGAACCAGACAGACAGACACACACACACACACACACACACACACAUCACCACCACCAAGAGAGAGAGGAUGAGGAUCCAGAUGGUGUUCCUUGCAAGCACAGCUGCAAGUCUGCUGAUAGCAUUCCUCAUGGGCUUCGCUGCAAGAUCAACAGUUUCCAGCAUAAAAGAGCUCUUUAAGAUGGACAAAGUCACUGGCAUGGCCAGUGUGGAGCUGUGGGUGGUGUUGACAACGGUGAUGCUGGUGCUCAGGUUCUUCCUGGACUUCCACGGGCCAUGGUACACCAACACGUCUGUGAACCACUUCAUCGUCGGCAUCGAGGUGGUGAACUACACCAUGGUUCACUACACCAUGGGGCUGAUGCAGCUGUCGGCGGCAAAGGUGAACGACUACUUCCAGGUGUGGGCGGUGCUGCUGGUCACCCUGCAGUACAGCGUCAAGACCGGGCGUCCGUACAGCAGGUCCAAGCAGAUCCCUUUGCUGGACCUCAUGUCGUCCUUCUGGGCGGCCAAUCUCAUCCGGAUGCAGACCUUCUUGCAUCUACGGAUAUCCCUAUGGCUGAUAUGGGCAGUGAAUGCUGCACGUAUAAUCUCCUACUUCUCCUCCUCGGAUAAGGCAGAGGCUAUCAACCAAGAGAGCACAAAGCUCGUUGCUGACUACAUGAGCUAUGAGCAUGAGUUUAGUAGCCCUCAACUCUCAGCUGAUGCUGCCAAUCCUAGCAAGGAAUUCACCAUGAAAUGGUACAAGUACCUAGUCCUCGGGGAAGACCAGGCACUUAAGAAUCUCCAAGAGAGGCUGUGUCCAGGUGCAGAACUCCAGCCAGAACUUGCACAAAGAAGAAAGCGUGGGAUUUGGUUGGAUCCCAAUGACAAUGAGAAGCUUGUCACCAUAGACAAGAUAUGGGAUGUUAGCGCCAGUGAGAGUGGGCUGCUGGGCAGCGUGACGGACCAGACCAUGCUGCAGAAUGAGAGGCCCCGGACCAGCAUCAUUGGUCGCUUUUUCGCCACCUGCCAUGCCGACCAACUGAGGGAUGUAUGCCUUUCUUUCUCCCUGUACAAGCAGCUGCGCCGUCAGUUCUAUGACCUCCGCAUACACGAGGUUAGGCUGCCAACACAGAUGAAGAAGAUGAAAAGGCUUGUGUUUCAGUACAUCCUAAAUGAUGCUGAGAGGGCAUUCCAUGUCACGGCAGCCGAGCUGUCCUUCCUCCAAGACUUGUUUUACAGCAAGCGUGCUGCCAUAUUUGCCACAGGAUUUCCAGCCACAAAUCUGGCGCUCUCUGUGCUACUUAUUGCGGCUACAAGCUAUAUAGCCUAUCCCAUUCGCUACAUACCUGGGAGGAUGGAUCUAUCGGACCGCAACAGGAUCACUCAUGGAGUAUUCUUCACUCGCAUCGUCAUAGUCUUCAUCGUCUACAAGGAGCUUGCAGAAAUCUACAUGUAUGUCUUCUCACAAUGGACCAAGGUCCUGAUACUGUGCAACUACACCAAGCGUCGGUGCCUGCAGCAUCCGCUGGUAGAGACAGCGAUGAGGGUGAUGCUCUAUUUCAUUAGAAGGGACGAUUAUUGGAACGAGGUUAUCUGUCAGCACAACCUUCUCAUUCCAUAUGCUGCAGUGAGGAUAGGUGGACUCAUCAUUAUCUUAAAAAGAGAAGGGGCCAUCAGGAUGGGCGUAUGUACAAAAGAAGCCAUCUUCACAGCGUUGAAGAAGCUGGAGAACGAGUCCGAGAGCAAGAGGUUGGAUUCCUAUCUGUCAAAAGCCUUUGGAGAACCGGAGGAACUGCUCCAGGGGCAGUUGCUGCAGGACGUACUCGGCCUAGAGGCAGACACACACAGGAUACUGGUCUGGCAUAUAGCCACCAGCCUCUGUGAGAUCAAACUCGCUUCUGAGAAAGCCUCGGUGCUCAGGCCUUGGGGAUUGCGUUCUAUGCCAGUUGUGAAGAAACCAAAAGAGGCUAGAUCAAGUCGACAUUUGCAGGCCUCUGGAAACAUCGAUGAAGUUGAAGCAGGAGACAUGUGGUGGAAGAACUACAUGACCGCGGCCAGUCUAUCUAACUACUGUGCAUACCUGGUCACGCAAGCACUGGUGCCGGACAGCGGCCUCAUCACCAGCAAGGUCAUCCAGGAGGUCUGCGAGGAGAUUCGCCACGUCACCAUGAAUGACGGUAUCAUCCGAUCCCUGCUCAGGCGCAGAUCCAUGCAAGAUGUGUUCGAUCGCCUAAUGGCAACAAUAGGUGAUGCAGAGGAGGAAGAGCAAGGGAAUCCUCAGCGCGAUCCCGAUAUAGAAGCGCCCCUGGAGGUGAACCACCCACAAGGGCGAGGCGAUGAUAGGGACAUCAUCAAAAACUCAUUGACCAGGAUGGGUGCAAGGCUAGCGACGCAGCUCAUGUUGAAGUACAGCAACGACAAAGCAGGCCUGUGGGAGAAUCUGGCGGUCUUCUGGACGGGGUUCCUCCUGCACCUGGCAGCGUCCACCAGAGCAUCCAAGCACAAGACCUGCCUCGCUGGGAGGCAGGAGCUCGCAACUCACCUGUGGGCGCUGCUGUCCCACGCCGGCUUGUUGGAGGGCGCCGAGCAUGGGGAAGAGCUCCUGGACCCGGAGGAACUGGACCACGCCAAUCCACUUGAUGGAUGAUCCAAUCCUAGCAUAUCGAUCCACCCACAUCUGCUGUCCCACACUGUUUCUCAUUUCCCUUUUGUUCUGCUUUUUAAUUUGAGCAUGUGUGCAUUCAUCCUUGUCCAUCAUGUUCAGCUUUUAGCAUGAUUGUUUACAUACUAUGUGUGCGUAUCUGGCCUUUAUGAUCUUGAUUGUUGUAAUAUCCCAGAAUAAAUAAAUCACAAGUUGAUAUAA